ACAAGCAAUGGAAGGCCAAGGUAGUUUUGUAAGAGUAACAAGAUUGGCGAAGAAAAGGGAAGCAGAAGCAAUGGUUAAGCAUUUACAACAACCCAAUAAGAAGAGAGUUGUUUUGGGUGAAAUUCAAGAUUUGUCAAAUGUGGGUUUUAAUAAGAUUAAGCCCAAAUGUAAGAAGACUACUAAAAGGAAGGUGAAAAGGUGUGUUAGUGAGAAAGACAAGGAAUGUGAUGACCCCCAGAUGUGCAGUGCUUAUGUUUCUGAUAUAUAUGCUAAUUUGGAUGAUGACCCUCAGAUGUGUAGUGCUUAUGCUUCUGAUAUAUAUGAUUAUCUUCAUCAUAUGGAGAUUGAGAAAAAGAGAAGACCAUUGCCUGAUUACCUUGAAAAGAUUCAAAAGGAUGUGACUGCAAAUAUGAGAGGAGUUUUGGUUGACUGGCUGGUGGAAGUUGCAGAGGAAUACAAACUUUUAGUAGACACUUUGUACCUUACUGUUUCCCACAUCGAUAGAUUCUUAUCAGUGAAUGUCAUUCCUAGGCAAAGACUUCAGCUUUUGGGUGUUGCUUCAAUGCUCAUCGCUGCGAAGUAUGAGGAAAUUAAGCCUCCACAUGCUAAGGAUUUUAGCUACAUUACAGCCAAUACAUUUACAAAGAAAGACGUGGUGAAGAUGGAGGCUAGUGUGUUACAAUCCCUCAAAUUUGAAAUGGGUAAUCCCACAACCAAAACAUUUCUCAGAAGAUUUACUAGGGUUGCCCAAGAAGAUUACAAAAAUCCCGAUUUGCAGUUAGAGUUUCUAGGCUACUACCUAGCAGAGUUGAGUUUAUUGGAUUACAACUGUGUGAAAUUCUUGCCUUCUUUGGUAGCCGCUGCGGUGAUAUUCCUUUCGAGGUUCACAUUACAGCCAAAGUCAAAUCCUUGGAAUGUGGCCCUUAAAAGUUGCUCAGGAUAUAGAGCAGUAGAUUUAAAGGAAUGUGUUUUUAUCAUACAUGACUUGCAAUUGAGCAGAAGAGGAAGCACUUUGGUAGCUGUGAGGGACAAAUACAAGCUGCAUAAGUUCAAAUGUGUGUCGACAUUGUCUUCUCCUCUGGAGAUACCAGAUUCUUUCUUCGAAGAUACAAGUUAAUGAUUAGUUGGGUAUAUGCUUGGAAAUUGGAAAGGGAUGAUACAAAUGAUACUCUGGAGGAGGUGAACUGCCUUCUUGGUGCUGGCUCAUGCUACUUUGAGGACAUCAUUUUAGCAUAUUUGGUAUAAUCUUUAUGAUGUAUGAAAGUUAUAGGUAACUAGUAAGAUAAUAUUGAAACGAUGUAGCUUGGUCUCUGCAUGUUUAGAUUAAAGCCAUGGAUAGCAAAAAUUAUGGUUCUGCGUUGUACUCUUGACAUCUUGUAAUAAGCUGGAAAAAACUCCAGAGUACUUACUAGUAUAUGAAAAGAUAUGAAUGUACAGAGUAUUACCUUCAUUUGGAGUACUAAA